CGCGGGUGACCGGCUGCUUUCCCAGUCUGGUGGAGGCUGGCGCAUGUGGGCUCUUCGCUCGCUGCUGCUGCGGGCCGCGGCUGGGCGCGCCAUGUCGCAGGGACCCGCCCGCCGCCAGCGGCCGCCCAAGGACCCGCUGCGGCACCUGCGCACGCGGGAGAAGCGCGGCCCGUCGUGGGAACCGGGGGGCCCGAACACCGUGUACCUGCAGGUGGUGGCGGCCGGCGGCCGGGAUGCGGGCGCCGCGCUCUAUGUCUUCUCUGAGUACAACCGGUAUCUCUUCAACUGUGGAGAAGGCGUCCAGCGACUCAUGCAGGAGCACAAGCUGAAGGUGGCUCGUUUGGACAACAUAUUCCUCACUCGGAUGCACUGGUGUAAUGUGGGGGGGUUGUGUGGAAUGAUUCUUACUUUAAAGGAAACCGGGCUUCCAAAGUGUGUACUUUCUGGACCUCCACAACUGGAACAAUACCUAGAAGCUAUCAAAAUAUUUUCUGGUCCCUUGAAAGGAAUAGACCUGGCUGUGCGGCCCCACUCUGCCCCAGAAUACAAGGAUGAGACCAUGACGGUUUUCCAGGUCCCCAUAUACAGUGAGCAGAGGUGUGGAGAGCACCACCCAUCACAGAGUCCAGGACGACUCAGUCCAGAGCGGUCUUCAGACUCCAGGUCAACUGAAAACGAGCCUCCCCUUCCAGAUGGCAAUGGCAUCAGCCGGACGCUGGAUGGCAGGGACCCCUCCUUGGUGGUGGCUUUCGUCUGUAAGCUUCACUUGAAGAAAGGAAACUUCUUGGUGCUCAAAGCAAAGGAGCUGGGCCUCCCCGUCGGGACCGCUGCCAUUGCUCCCAUCAUAGCUGCUGUCAAGGACGGGAAAAGUGUCACAUAUGAGGGCAGAGAGAUUCUGCCUGAAGAGAUCUGUACUCCUCCAGAUCCUGGCCUUGCUUUUUUUGUGGUAGAAUGUCCAGACGAAGGAUUCAUUCAGCCCAUCUGUGAGAAUGCCACCUUCAAGAGGUACCAAGGAAAGGCCGACGCCCCUGUGGCGCUGGUGGUUCACAUGGCCCCAGAGUGUGUGCUUAUGGACAGCAGAUACCAGCAGUGGAUGGAGAGAUUUGGGCCUGACACCCAGCACCUGAUCCUGAAUGAGAAGAGUGCGUCAGUUCACAACCUCCGCAGCCACAAGAUUCAGACGCAGCUCAACCUCAUCCACCCCGACAUCUUCCCCCCGCUUGCCGGUGUCCCCUGUAAGGAAGAAGGCGCCACCUUCAGUGUGCCCACUGUCCGGGGUGAAUGCCUCCUCAAGUAUCAGCUCCGUCCCCGGAGGGAGUGGCAGAGGGACGCCAUUGUUACUUGCAAUCCUGAUGAAUUCAUAGCCGAGGCUCUGGAGCUCCCCAAUUUCCAGGAGAGCGUGCAGGAAUACAGGAAGACUGUGCAGGAGGGCCCAGCCCCGGCAGAGACAAGAAGCCAGCAUCCAGAAAUCAUCUUCCUCGGAACAGGGUCUGCCAUCCCGAUGAAGAUUCGAAACGUCAGCUCCACGCUUGUCAACAUAAGGACAAACCGUCUCAGCCGCCAGAGGCCUUUCCUGUCAGUGCUGAGUCUCGCCCCUCUCUGCAGCUCUGACAAGUCCCUGCUGCUGGACUGUGGCGAAGGCACGUUUGGGCAGCUGUGCCGUCACUACGGCGAUGACGUGGACAGGGUCCUGGGCACCCUCGCCGCCGUGUUCGUGUCCCACCUGCACGCGGAUCACCACACGGGCUUGUUAAACAUCCUGCUGCAGAGAGAACGGGCUUUGGCAUCUCUGGGCAAGCCCUUUCACCCUUUGCUGGUGGUCGCCCCCACCCAGCUGAGGGCCUGGCUCCAGAAGUACCACAACCAGUGCCAGCAGAUUCUGCAUCACGUCAGUAUGAUUCCUGCCAAAUGCCUUCAGAAAGGAGCUGAGGUCUGCAGCCCCGAAGUUGAACGCUUGAUUAGUACGCUGCUGGGAGCCUGUGAUUUGGAGGAGUUUCAGACCUGCCUGGUCCGGCACUGCAAGCAUGCCUUCGGCUGUGCACUGGUCCACACGUCCGGCUGGAAGGUGGUCUAUUCGGGGGACACCAUGCCCUGUGAGGCUCUGGUGCAGAUGGGGAAGGACGCCACCCUCCUGAUACACGAGGCCACGCUGGAGGAUGGUCUGGAAGAGGAAGCCGUGGAAAAGACACACAGCACGACCUCCCAAGCGAUCAGCGUGGGGAUGCGGAUGAACGCAGAGUUCAUCAUGCUGAACCACUUCAGUCAGCGGUAUGCCAAGAUCCCCCUUUUCAGCCCUGACUUCAACGACAAAGUUGGAAUUGCCUUUGACCACAUGAAGGUCUGCUUCAGAGACUUCCCAACAGUGCCCAAGCUGACUGCCCCGCUGAAAGCCCUGUUUGCCGGCGACAUCGAGGAGAUGGAGGAGCGCAGGGAGAAGCGGGAGCUGCGGCUGGUGCGGGCGGCCCUCCUGUCCAGGGAGCCGGCGGGUGGCCCUGCAGACAGGAAGCCCCAGCAGAAACGGGCCCACGCGGAGGAGCCUCAGAACCCACAGAGCAAGAAGGUCAGGGCAAACUGAAGGACGGGCAGUGACCCUGACCUCGAAGGCUCACGUCCUCUGACCUGCGCACUGGCACUGUGUGCCCUCCUUGCCUGGUGGGAGCCCGAGGGCAUGGCUCACAGCGAGGCCACGGAAUAGGUGGUGAGAAGCUGAGCCUGGGCUUGGGCCCUGGUAAGGAGUGGCCUGCUCGACGCCUCCCACGACCUGUGCUGGCAAAGCCUCGAGACAGGAGGCUGCCGAAAGGAAGAACGCAGGGACAACUGGAAUUUAGUGCCAGUCAAGUUUUAAAGUCACAUGGAAAAAGAGGGUGCACCCACACCUGCUCCAGCCCAGUUAUUCCCUCUGCGCGCUAGGCAUAAGCCACGUCACGGGGAGCGCUGGAUUGUGGACAUGAAGUCUGAGCAUCCAAGACUCAAGGAAUAGUCUUUCCAAAGACACAGAACACAAUAAAGAUUCCACUUGGAACCCGA